UACACUUUCUAUUCGUCAAAAUGUUUUCUUCUUCUUCUUCUUCUGCUGCUGCUGUAUUAUUGUUCCCUCUCAUUUUUUCUGUUCUUUUCUGCCAUUCCAAGGCUGUCAUUAAGCUACCACCAAAUGAAACCAUUCCAGCAGUAAUAGCGUUUGGAGAUUCAAUCGUGGACGCGGGCAACAACAACCAGUUAAAAACUCUUGUUAAGUGCAAUUUCCCUCCCUAUGGACAGGAUUUUCCUGGAAAAGUUCCAACAGGCAGAUUUGGCAACGGAAAGGUCCCCUCAGACAUGAUGGCUGAGGAAUUGGGAGUUAAAGAUAUUGUGCCAGCAUAUUUGGAUCCACUUCUGCUUCCUCAAGACUUGAUCACAGGCGUAUCUUUCGCUUCAGGUGGCGCAGGUUAUGAUCCCUUGACACCAAAAAUAGUGUCAGUUAUAUCAUUGUCCGAUCAAUUAAAAAUGUUCAAAGAAUACAUAGCGAAGCUGAAAGGAAUUGUUGGAGAAGAGAGGACAAACUUCAUACUGGCCAAAAGUAUCUUUCUAGUGGUGGCCGGCAGCGACGACAUUGCUAAUACAUAUUUCCUUGCUCGUGUACGGCAAUUGCAGUACGAUGUCCCUUCCUACACUGAUCUUAUGGUCGACCAGGCUGCCAUUUUCUUGAAGGAAAUAUAUGAGCUGGGGGCACGAAGGAUUGGAGUAUUGAGUGCACCGCCAAUUGGAUGUGUGCCGUCGCAAAGAACUCUGGCUGGAGGGAUAUUACUGAGACAGUGUUCAGAAAAGCACAACCAAGCAGCAAAGUUGUUCAAUACUAAACUGUCUUCGACACUCGAUUCCCUUAACAGCAAGCUACCCAACAGCAGAAUUGUCUAUAUUGAUGUUUACAAUCCUCUACUUGACCUAAUUGAAAACCCUGAAAAAUAUGGCUUUGAGUUUGUGGAUAAAGGAUGCUGCGGUACAGGGGAUAUAGAGGUAGCCGUGCUUUGUAACCAAGCGUCUGCCACCUGUACAGAUGCAUCUGAUUAUGUUUUUUGGGAUAGUUAUCAUCCCACGGAAGCAGCAUACAAGACCCUUAUUGGUCAAGUCCUCCAAAAGUAUCUCCCUAGCUUCUUCUGAGGCAUGCAUGCAUGAGCUGACCUAAUUGAAAUUCAUGAACUGCGCUAAAUAUAAAAUUAAGCUUGAUAAACAUGGCAAAAAUAUU